AUGGGUAAAUUAUCGUACGCCCAUAUCUCCUUUUUGACGUUUCAAGCCACUUUGCAGGUCAUUUGUGUGUGCUUGGCUGGUUACAUUUGUGCUAGGUGCGGGAUUUUGAAUGCCCAAGCUCAAAAAUACGUCUCGGUAUUGAAUGUCAAUUUAUUUACUCCUGCUCUUAUUUUUUCGAAAUUGGCCUCGUCGUUAUCUCUUAAAAAAAUUAUUGAAAUCUCGAUCAUCCCAAUCUUUUAUGCGGUUUCUACUGCGGUAUCUGUCGGAUGUUCCAAAGUGGCGAGUAGAUUGUUACGUCUAAAUGAACCAGAAUCAAAUUUCGUCACAGCCAUGUCAGUAUUUGGGAACUCUAACUCUUUGCCAGUUUCCUUGACGGUUGCUUUAGCUUACACUUUACCAAAUUUGGAUUGGGAUAUCGUUAGUGAUGACAAUCCAGAUAAAAUCGCUAGCAGAGGGAUCUUGUACUUGUUGAUUUUCCAACAAUUGGGCCAAGUCUUAAGAUGGUCAUGGGGUUAUAACACUUUACUCAAAAGAAGAAGUCCGAAAGAGCUAGCGUUUGAUCCAUAUUCCAUGAGCUCUAUCAGCCAAGAUGAAGAAUUGCAUGAAACUUUAGGCCAAUGCAAUGAUGAAGAAGCAAGUAGCCUGGGAUAUUGUGAUGAAGGCACCCCAGGUGACAUGACCCCAGGUUCCAAAAUCAGUAUGAACCUGGAAAGUGACGCUACGUUUACCACUGAAGCAAGAGUGAUUGAUGGUAGCAGCUUGACGGAAGAAAAUGAUGAUACUUUUUACGUACACCAUCAGGUUACUUUUAAAGACCAAGUAUUAGCAAAGUUCAGAGGAUUUUUGAAUUUCAUGAACCCACCGCUUUAUGCCAUGGCUUUGGCGGUGGUUGUUGCCAGCAUUCCAAUGAUCCACGAUGCAUUUUAUGUCAACAAUGGGUUUAUUCAAAACACCCUCUCCCUGGCGAUCCAUGAUUUGGGAUCGGUGUCAAUUCCUUUGAUUUUGGUUAUCCUUGGAUCCAAUUUGGCUCCAGAUUCGUCAAUUGACCCUCCAAGUAAAAACUUCAAAAAAAUUAUUGUUGGAUCAUUGGUUUCAAGAAUGAUUUUACCUCCUAUCAUUUUGCUACCGAUAAUUGCUCUUUGUGUCAAGUAUAUUCAAAUCUCGAUUUUGGAUGAUCCAAUCUUCUUAAUUGUCUCAUUUAUUUUGACCAUUUCUCCACCAGCAAUCCAACUAUCGCAAAUCUGUCAAUUGAACGGAUUGUAUGAGCGUGAGAUGGCCAGUGUUUUGUUCUGGGGGUAUGUUGUGUUGACAUUACCAACCGCUAUUGUUAUUGUUGUGGCCAGUUUAGAAGUUUUGGAUUGGGCUGGCAAGCUUGUUGUAUGA